AUAAAUGCCAAUGUUGUUGUCAAAAUGCUGCCACAAAUUUGACGAGAGUGCAACGUGAUGGAGCUAUUACCACUUAAAUCACUUAUUUUACAUCUAUUGCUUGUGGCUGCCUUCCUUUUGCCAUCGGCUCAACUUCAAUUGAUUUAUCCAAGGCAUGUGUAUUAUGAAGCUCCACGUUUGCGUCGCCUUGAGUAUGCAACCAAUCAUCAGCCAUCAGCCGGUUAUAUGGCUGCUGCCACUUAUGGCCCCAUAGCACCGUCACCUGGAAACUAUCAAUUGAUCAACUAUCGACCCAACUAUCAGCCACUGGCUUUGGAUUAUCAACAAUCGCAGCAACAAUUGCCGUCAAUUGGGCCACCAGCACCACCUGCGUUUCCCAUCUAUCCGCAACCGAGUGUUCAAUAUCAACAGCGUGCGAUUGCCCCUCAUGCUGAAUUGGCCAAAUAUCGUUAUGAGGGCAACUAUAUACCAAUUCAGAGGAUUCCCAUCUUGACCCAGCAGCAGCAGCAGCAGCAACAACAACAUCAGCAGCAGCAGCAGCACAUUCAAGCCGCCCAACUGCCGCAACGACGCGUCGAAGAGCAUCUCUAUAAUGUACCACCGGCUCUAUUUACCAGCGAUGUGUUGCAUGUGGUGCCACCACGACAAGUGGCAGCAGCACCACCGCCAUCAUCAACAGCUGUGGAGCGGCCAAGACGCUAUGCUGCAAACCACGAUCCGAAAGAUGCCGAAACCGCAGAGACUAAAACCAAAGAGACCAAAUAUUAUCAUGAUAUUUUUAUGCGGUUCAAUGGACCUACCUCACGUAGUCAUGGACAUGUUUUGAAUCAUCCAAAGGCCCAGGAAAGACGUUUUGAAUCGCAACGCGGCACAAAUCGUUACAAGGGCGAGGUGAUUUGGACAGAUCGUCAGGGCAGUCAUGGCGAGCAUCGUUGGGAUUUGGCCCAAGGAAAACUCUGAACUGAAAUGAACUGAACUUAACCCAUAAAAUUU